CCACAGAGUCAAACAGAGAUAACGUGCAGCGUUACUUAGCAUAAACAGCUAGCGUAGCCGCGAGUGUGUUAUGAGGUCUGAGCUUGUGCAGAUUUAGCAAACCACCAAGACAAAUUCAUCAAGGAAAAAUUCUCACCUGCGAACAGAUCACUGUAGGUUUAAAAUUCUGAAGGUCACAUUUCAUCUGGUACAGUAACACUGUAGCAUCACUGGCAGUCCUGUGACCUAAGAAAAUAAUGUGCUGCAGCUGAAGAUGGGUGGUAGCGGCUCCAAAUCCAAAGGAUUUUGGCCUUUUUCUGGCUCAGGUAGUGUGGAUGAUCCAACCAAAGAUGGAAAUGAGCAGUCACUGGCAAGAGUUCGAAGUUUCCCAGGUGCAACACCUUUUGUGUUUACUAGACGAAGCUCUAAGUUCUUUGAUGAAGAUGGUGACUUGGCCCACGAGUUCUAUGAAGAAACAAUUGUGACAAAAAAUGGACGUAAAAAGGCCAAACUGAAGAGGAUUCACAAAAACCUAACACCUCAGGGAAUUAUAAAGCUCGACCACCCGUGCAUCCAUGUAGAUUUCCCAGUUGUCCUCUGCGAAGCCUGACGAUGUCUGAGGAGCCUCUCAGACUAGCCACUGUGUCAACUCCGUCCUGUGGUUUCCUCUACAGCUGGAAGCCUGAACCACGUUUUAAAAUAACAUGAUCUCUAGACAUAUUUGAUGCCCUUAUGUGGACAGCCCAAUGCAAUGUGUGCUGAGCCUCUGCAUGUGAUCUGUUUUUGGCUUGUGUGCAGACACAGAAUAGGUCACCAGUGGGGAUCUAGAAGGGUGCCAAGUUGCCAAAAGUAAUCCGUUUACAGAUCAUGGUUUGUGUGCAUGUAUGUGUGAAUGUGUGUGCAGACACAGAUUGAUGUGUGACAGUCCUGAAUUUGUUGCUGCAGAUUGUUUUCUGGUAUAAUCCACUGAACUCUAGGAGUUCAGGGGGGGUGUAACCAGUUUUCUCUCCUGUCACAGUCAUAUACUAUGUAGAGCAGCAAAGUUUAAGUGCACACUUUAGUUUUUUGACACCACCAUGACUUGCUUUAUUAUGCAUGGAACAGGAUCUGCUUAUUGGUAACAGCCGAGGGAGUUGACAAUCAGUGGCCCACAAAAUCUAAAGUGGAUUAAUGUCAUAUUAUAACUUUGGAUGGACUUGCUUCAGUGACCUCAGAGCCACACAUGUACACAGCAGCAGUGAGUCUAAUAAGAGAUCCUGUUGUUUUCUUUGCUGCUUUGGCAUACUAUGUUUCACUUUUAAUUUAUUAUAACUGUUUUUUAAUUACAAUUUGAAAUGCUGAA